AUGGACGCAGCUUUCGCAACGCCGCCGCCGGAAACCGGUUCUGAAAUCGGUGGCGCGGUUAUGGGAGACAAUGGAUUUACGGUGGAUCCUUUUCUGGUCGAGGCUCUGCAGAAUUCUCGGCAUCGUCUGACGAUUUUGCGGAUGGAACUUGAUGUUCAAAGGUUCUUGCAGAGCCCUGAACAGCAGCAGUUCGAGUUCCAGCACUUUCCUACUUCGUAUCUUCGUCUCGCAGCUCAUCGUGUUGCUAACCACUAUGCACUAGCAACAGCGGUUCAAGAUAGCGGUGCGGAUGGCAGUGAGAACAUAAUCCUCGUGACAAAAACAACGGAGAGUAGGUUUCCUGCUGUUCGGUUGUCUGAUAUUUCGAUGGCUAAACAGUCAGAGAAUGGUCAAUUUGAGCACAUGAAAGUUUCCAUCAAGACUCGACCUUGUAAAAGAUCUGGAUUUGACGCUGGUGAGCUGGAAAAGAAACGUGGUCCUCUUAGGAGUGUGGAAGAGAGGAAAGAAGAGUAUGACAGGGCUCGAGCGCGCAUAUUUAAUGGUCUCACGGGACUUGAUGGUGAUGACUCUUCAUCUGAAACUCAGGCUUUUGGGAGGAAUACAAGUCUUUGCGGAGAUGAGAAUCAAGUAUCUAAGGAUGCUUAUGUUGAGGCAGAGAAGAGGUUGAGCCUCAGGGAAAGUGGUCCAACAUCUCGUGUUGCAAUUCUUAGAGACCGAGAGAAAGAUCGUUUUGACCCUGAUUAUGACCGCAGUAGGUACAUUAGGAGUCUUCCGGUGAAUCAGAAUUUCGGCGUACCGGCCUUCAACAUUCAGAAAAUGCAGCCACCAUACUACGAAAUGGGAUUUACCGGAUAUAAUCAAAUCCCAAAUGCUCGUGCUUCUCUUAGCUUUGGACCACCCGCAAGCUCUAUCAUGAAUCCCUAUGGCACCACAGUCUUACACCAGCCUUCAAUGGAUGCAAUGUAUAUGCAGUGGCCUAGUGCAGCGAUGAUGUAUUCUCAUUCGUAUGAGCAGUUCAGAAAUGCAUCUCUUCAGGCACAGUUUUGUCAACAACCCUUGAGCUUCGACUACAUGCAGAACCGUUAG